GCUGUGCCGACCCUCCCCCCCCCCUACGUGUGGUUGUAACACAAGCAGACGUGUUGUUCCUCCCAAUGAACGGAACAAAGUGAACGCUGCUGCGUCCCCACACGCCUGGCGAUGGACUUGAGCCUCACAGGUGUCUAAGUACAUUUUUUUUUAAUUCAUUCCUUGCUCCUGAUUAUUCUUAUACUGAGAAUUAUUGAGCCGAAGUGACUGCGAAAGAAGGAGACGAUGGAGUGCUGCUCGGGACGAUGCACGCUGGUCUUUCUCUUCACUCUGCAAUUGGUCACUGCAGUGGAGAGGCAAGUGUUUGACUUCCUGGGCUUUCAGUGGGCACCGAUUAUGAUCAACUUCCUACAGAUAAUCGUGGUUAUCCUGGGUCUCUUUGGUACCAUCCAGUAUAGACCACGAUACGUUGUUUUGUACCUGGUCUGGACGCUGUUGUGGGUUGGCUGGAAUGUUCUAGUAAGCUGUCUUUACCUGGACUUGGGGGGGCUUUCAAAGGACAGCGACAUACUGUCGCUGGGAAUGUCCUCCCAGCAUUCCUGGUGGAGGGACAACGGGCCCGGGUGUGAGGGCAGGGACCUACCUUCCCCAGCAUGGCAGAGCCAGGAAAACCCAGAGCUGGUUACCGUUCUGAGCUGCUGGCUGGAACACCAAUACAUAGAGGUUCUGCACUGCAUCAUACAGCUGGUUCUAUCUCUCCUGGGAUUUACAUAUGCCUGUUAUGUGGCCAAUACUUUGUCACAUGAGGAUGACAGCUUUGAUUUCAUGGGUGAAAUUCAUCACCCAUCUAAAUCCCCGGAUUUGUUCUUCUAAUACAAAGAAGUGAUGAGCAGAUAACAUGUACGAUACAAAAAGAAGCAACUCGAAGAAGUUAUGGAGCAAUAGGAUGAAACGAAGGAAACGCGCUGGAGAACUUAAUCACAACCAAUAACUGGUUGUUUGUAAUAAGUCCUUAAUUAGUAUUGAUAUUUUCGAUGCUCUUGUAAUGCACACAUCUUAUGAUAUCCGACCUGUUUCAACAUUAGGUGUAUAUCACAGUGAUGCAUGCUUUAACAAAUAGAGCAGCAACUGUAUCUUUUUUGUGUAUCUGUACUGUACAUUAAGUACACAUUUAUGUUGGUGUGUGUGUGUGUGUGUGUGUGUGUGUGUGUGUGUGUGUGUGUGUGUGUGUGUGUGUGUGUGUGUG